GUUUAUAUUUUUUGUUUCAGCAUUUAACAACUUCAUAAUUAUACAUGACUUACAAACAAAAACAUGUCCAUCGACAAGGUUUAUUGCUAUGUAAUUUGAUAUGGAAUCUGAUGAAAGACUGAGGUGGAUAGAGACACACGUGAUAUCUUCAUUAAAACCAACUGCUGAAGAAUUAAAGCAACUGUUUGGACAUGAACAUUCAAGGUCUACCUUUCUGCAGUUUUUUUUGAAUGAAGAAAAGUCAGCUGUGUUUGUUUUUAAAUCAAAUGAAGAUGAUCAAACAUUGUAUGCAAGUUUUGAUGCACCCGAGGUUGUUGGUACAAAAUUUAUUGUAUUCUUGCGCGUAUGUGGAAGUGGGAAGAUAACCCGUGAUAAUUAUGCUCGCAGUUUGUUCUACAUGGAUUGGAGCACUAAUUCUGUUGAGCAGUUUGAAGUGUUAACACGAUGUAUCUUUCUACCAAUGAUAUGUAUAGAAGAAAAAGGCGUUGUAAGCUGUGACAAAAUUUUGGAUUUGCUGCAUCGGUUAAUGGCUUCCACGCAAGUAAUGGUAGGAAAAGAUAAGGGUGUUGUUACAUUAGCUUUACCAUCAAUGGAUGUACUAAGUGAAGUAGCUUGUUACGGCCAUCGCCGUUUAACUGUGGUUCAUAUCCUUGAAACUGUAUUGAUUGGUUGGAUAAAGCAAAUUAAAACUGCAUUGAAAGUUGAUAUACAGCACUACCUGAAAAAGAUUCAUGGUAACCUUCCAGAACCCUUAGCUGAAAUUGAGUUUUGGAGAGGCAGAGCUUCAAUGAUUGAAAAUAUUAAUGCACAGUUAUCCUCAUCUCAGAUAGUUGAUGUUUUAACUGCACUUGAAGAUGCUGGAAGCAGUUAUGCUAGAUCGUUCCAUGCUAUUAAAAAAGAAAUUUAUAAGGCAGAGGAAGAAGUACUGCAUAAUCUUAUUUACCUUGGUACAUUGGAAAAAUAUUUCGAAACUAUGACAGUGUCAUGUGACUCUGACGAACUGACAUUGUGUUUCAAACCAAUGAUGCAUACAUUGCUUCUUAUAUGGACAUAUUCUAGAUUUUACCAUGCUCCUGUCAAUAUUAAGCGUAUGCUAACUAUGAUAUCAAACCAAGUUGUUGCAAAAGCGAAGUUCAUUAUGGGUGAUAUUUUCAUUGAGGAUAUUGAGAGUAACAAGUAUCUAAAAGAAUCAUUAAGGAUUUGUGCAGCAUUUCGUGGAACAUAUCUUGACACAAAAGAUCAAGCUGAUGCAAUUAACAGAUUAAAAGUUGAAGAGCAAGCUGAAUUCAGUGAUGACCAAGUUGGUGUUGUUUGGCACAGCUCAGUGUAUCGCAAUGCUCGGACACAAAGAGGUGUUGGCCUUUUCACCAAGCCUAAACAUACUGGUAUGGUAGAAUUGGAAGGACGAUGGGAGAACUCCCCAUGGCCUGUUCGAACAAGCAAAGUGUUCGCCAUUUUAAAUUCAUUUAUGGAAAGAUGCAAUGAUGUAAUAGAGUUGGUUGCAGCUACACAACAGUUUGACAAAAUUAAAAUGGCGACCGAUAAUAAAGGUGCUGGUGAUGUUAACACAAAUGAACAAAUUAUUGAAACCUGCGACAUGUUUAGCCAAGCCUUAAAUGUUUUUAACAAAAAUGUCAAGGAUGUCUUUGAGUUUGGAAAGCAUCAGCAGUUUGAGUGCUCAUUUUUUCAUUUUCGAUCUGUUGUUCAGAAUUUGGAAAUCCAGCUUGGUUCUAUAUUGUCAGAAAGCUUGAAGUAUGGUUGGGAUACUUUGUCAAAACUUCGAUUGCUUGAUGUGUUUGAAGAUAUUACUAAAAGAGAACUUAUUCAGAAAGUCUUACAAAGCACUUUGUCACAAUUUGUUGUUGAUGUAAUGCAACAAGUAAAGGCAACAGAAGAACUGUUUUUAAAAGGAGUUACCAUCACAUCCAGUCAUUUGCAUCUACCACCUCUUACCAAUAAGCUAUUAUGGCUGCGCUCUCUGAACAAACGGAUAGAGCAAUUGGUGAAACUACUGAAUUUAGUUGCUCCCAUGUGCUUCAAGGGUGAGCUUGGUUGGAAGUUAAAAGAUUCUUUUCAUGUACUUUCUAAGGAUCUGAAAAGGGAUGAACGUGAUGCUAUUGUUGCUUGGCUAAAGGAAUUUCACAUUGGUAUCUUGGAUAAGCUAAAUGAACCUAUACUUGUUUAUGGUUUAAGUAACAUUGAAGUAAACUUAGAUGACAAACUUUUAAAGCAACUAAAGGAAAUACAUUACUUGAUUUCUCCACCACUUAAUGUUGACAUUUCAGACGAAAUCAUGCAGAAAGUGAAAUAUGUUGAUGUAACAGCUAUCCGCUCUCAUUCCAUGAGAUUGAGUACUGCAUUGUGUCAGUAUAUUACUGUCCUGAAUAAGUUGAAAGACAUUGAGAGACCCCUUGUUAAUGAUAAAUUGAUCAGAGCUGAGGAGCUACUGAAAGAAGGGUUAAACAAGUUAACCUGGAAAGAUAUUAGAGUUUGUGAUUACGUGGAAAAUGUUGUUCAUUUACUGUGUUAUGAUCUUUACCAAACUGUGCAAUGUGUCCAAGAAAAUUUUCACAGCAUUUCAGUGAUUGUAAAUACCUGGACAGCAAGAGUGCUGGAAUUGCAAUAUGCCGAGCAGCUAGUAUUUCCACACAAAGUUGAGGAAUUGAACAAACUAAAAGUGUAUGAAGCAGAUGAUAUCAACGUAAAAAUAGUAUCUGGUCACAAAAAAAUACAUACGCUACUUUCUCAAACCUUUGAGGCUUUGCAUAUCAGUAGAUCUUCUCCACAAUGGCUUGCAUAUCUUCAACAUGUUAAUAGUAUUGUUCUAAAUGGUGUGCAAGAAUCAGUCAUAACGUCAUUGCAAAAUUUGUUCAACAAUAUGGUAGUAAAAAGCCUGAAGAACGACGGAGAUGUUUUACCUUUGGUUCAGUUGGAUGUUCACCUAAUUGGAUCAAUCAUAUAUUUUUCACCACCUGUUGACCGUGCUUUUGCUACGCUCUCUUUGGCAGAAUAUGUUGAACAGUGGUUGGAUGGUAUAUUGGCAAGGCUAAAAUUGAUAAAGUUUAAUGAUCAGGAGAAUCUAAAAGAUUUGCACAGUAGGGAAAUCGACGUUAUGUUACAUCAUAUAAAAGAACUUGUUAAUGAAGCUACUGCUGAAUGCAAGAAUUUAACCAACAUUUUUAAAGAUUACGCCUUUCUGUGGACGCAAGAUGUUAAUCAUACAUUCAGAGAAUUUCUUAAAGGUAACAUCUCUAACCGACCUUACUACCAGUCAAAUGCAGAAGAUACAAGGUCACAAGCAUCUGCAAUGUCAGCAUCAAGAUCACGGCUUGAUUUCAAAGAUAAUUGUUCAGGUACCUCAUCAGUUGCUACCAUGGGUGUAAUGGGCUUUGGUGAAACGAAGUUUUUGAAAACGCCCAAUGCAGAAGACGGUUGCCCAAAUUUGGAUGAUUUUGAUAAGGAAAUAGAAGUGUUUCAAAGAGCCAAACAUGAACUGUCAUCAGCCAAAUUGACACACGAUUUGCGAUGGAUACGUAUAAAUUUUCAACCAAUUAUUGAAACAAUUCAAACAUACGCCUCAAAGUGGAUGUAUACUUACACCAAAUAUCUUGCAGACCAGGUUCAAGAAACACUUAACUCAUUGGAUGUAUUUCUCAAAAGAAUCGGGCCUGAUGUUGAAGCAAUAACUGGCAAAGAACAAGACAUACAUUCUUUUAUGAAGCUAAUGAGGAUAUUUAAUGAGGUGAGCAAACAACAGGUGGAAAUUGACAACAAAUUUAUUGCCAUGAAACGUACCAUCAAUUUACUUGAGAAAUAUGGACAAACUCUGCCAGAAAAAACUCAACACUUUUAUAACGCUGCACCUGGCAGAUGGGACAAUCUUAAGAUGAAAGUAAAUCAGGCUAAGCAAGUGUUGGGGCCAAAAAUACAAGCUGAAGAAAGCAGUGUUAUAAAGGUAUUGACAGACUUUAAAGAACAGUGUGCUAACAUUCAGUCCGAAAUGGAAGAUUCUCAAGUGUAUAACCGCUCUAUUGUAGUAUCUGCCGCUUACACACUUAUUCAUCAAUUUCAGAGUGAAAUUCAUCUUCUUGAGUCUGAAGCCCAGGAUUUGAUUGAAUUGCAAGAGUUGUUGGAAAAGAACAUUGUGGAUUUCAAUAUCAUCAACAGUAUGUUUGAUGAAUUAUUAUGUCUACGUCAAGUUUGGGAUGCUUGCAGAUUAAUUAGAGACCAACAGAUGGAAUGGAAACGCCAUCGUUGGCAUAAGAUUAAGACAAAGUUAUUAAAACGUGGUUUAGAUGCUCAAUAUGAUAUCAUAAGGAGACUUCCUGAUAAAGCACAUGGUUGGGAUGUCACAUUAAGUUUAAUCGAAAUGAUAAAUGAGUUAUAUUCCUGUAUUUCAAUAAUGGAAGAUUUCAGUAAAGUAUCACUUCGGCCUUGUUAUUGGAAGCAGUUCAUUCGGUUAAUGGCAGGUGCAAUUAAUAUCACCCAUGAUAAUUUGAUAAAAAUGAACUUAAAGAAUCUAGCAGAACUAGGAUUGCAUCAUAAUGCGGAAGAAGUUCACACAGUCAUAAAGAAAUCUUUGGAAGAUGUUAGCAUUGAAAAUAAGUUGAAGUUGUAUGAGGAGAUCUGGUUAAGCAAGGUGUUUGAAAUUAAAAAACACACCCGCUUGGUUUCUGACUCAGUGAAAAAGAAUUCGUUAACUGGUAGUGAAUUUGGUGGUGUAACAGAGCCUGAGCUUGGGUUUUCGGUGCAGGGGUACACACCUACAGCAAAGAAUACCAGACAGUCUCGAUUGUAUUCAAGGGCAAGUGUGACACAAACACCGGAUGUUGAUGGAGAUCCUACAAAGUUUUUGAUAUCAAAUGUUGAACUAAUCUUGGAAGAGUUGCAUUCACAUCAAAUGUCAUUGGAAAGCAUGCUAAAAACAUCUUCUGCCACUUCUUUUAUGGAUGACAUUAUCAAAUGGCAAAAGACCUUGCAGCAAGUUGAAGUGUUUAUUAAUAUGUUGAUUGAAAUACAAGAAAAAUGGGUUGAUCUUGAUGACAUAUACAAUUCUGCAGAGAUGAGAAUAUCUUGUCCUCGUGAGAGUGCAAUAUUCGCAUUAUCGAGUCGUGAUUUUGAUGUUGUUAUAAAAUCAGUAGAGAAAAACCCUAAUAUACUUCAAGUUGUUUCUACUUCUAACAUAUUCCAAAAUCUUGAAAGAAUCACUAUGAUGUUAAGUCAAUGUCAGUUAACGACUGCUCGUUAUCUGGAGAAAAGGCGUUUUAAAAAUCCAAAGCUUCUUUUACUGUCCACACAAGAAGCAUACUCCAUUAUUUGCAAGGGUUAUGAUCCAAAUCUGUUGUCACAACACCUGCAUAAACUUUUUAACAACAUCAAUUCACUAAAGACUGACAUUUCUGAAGAUGGUUUGUUGUAUCACAUCACUGGUUUUUACAGCAGUUUUGGAGAAUUUAUUCCCCUGCAAAAGCCAAUUGUAUGUGAGAAUGGUAUUGAAAACUGGCUAUCGGAGUUGGACACUGGCAUCAAAUUAUGUAACCAGUUAAAUCUAUCAACAUUGUUAAACGCAACAUUAACUGAUCAUCUGGAGUCACUGCAUAGAAACAAGAUCAACCAAGAUACUGUUUUCUCCAGUUCAACUGAAAAGAAUCAAAGACGUGCAUCUAAAGAACACGAGCAAUCUGUUGAUCCUGAUGUAUCCAGCCCAAUUCAAAAGAAAGAUCCAGCUGCAUCUAAAUCUGACGUGUUUACAUAUAUGCUAGGCACAUUACUUCCUCUUCCUGAUAACUGGAAUUUUAAUGAAUCUAGCGAUGCUAUUAUGCUUAGUAUGAAAGUCACUAUAUCCAGCCUUCUUAAUAAUUACUUCCAAUCAUACAUUAAUGGAAACGAGUCAUCAUUAAGCUCAUGCUGUGAGAAACUUAAUGCAAUUAUUGUAUCUCUAAGCGACUUCUUACUUGCUCAAACCACUAUUAAACUACAGAAGAAGAAUGCUGAAAUGAAAAACUGUGCAGAUGAUAUUCCAUUAAAUCUCGAAAGUUUGGAUAUUUCCUUAUCUCCAGUUGAAAGUGAAUAUAAAGAAACGGAUAGUACACUGGAGAGAACCGAAACAGAAAACGUAAACUUAGACGUUUAUCAAAUUCACAUUAUAAAAAGUCUCAUUCAAUAUUUUUCUAAUGAGCGUAACUUUAUUAAGAACUUGAUCCAUGUGGUCUUCCUUGAUUUGGAAGGGGACAUGAGAAUCCCUUUCGAAUGGUCCAUACACCCAUUUUAUAAAUUCAAUAACACUUCAUGCAUGCUUGACGUGGAGUUAGGUGAUACGUCUUGGAAUUAUGAAUUUGAAUUUCAAAGUGUCUCUCAUUGCCACACAGAGUUGGAGAAUGAAAAGAGCUUGUAUUGGCUAGCAAGCGGGGUAAAGCAUUACGAAGGAGGCUUUUUAGUGUCAAAACAGAGAUCUGAAGGUGAGGAGUUGUUAAAAACUCUAGCAAGCAUCACUGGACGAACCCUAUUCAGUUGUUUUUGCACAUCAGAUCUGACCAGUGAUGUUAUCUGUGAUACCUUCAAAGGAAUUGCCAGCUCAGGUUGUUGGUUUUGCUUUAAAAACAUAGAGAACCUUGCACCAUUAGCUUUAUCUACAUUAUCAGUGUGUAUUAAGACUAUCCACCAUGCACUCACUAAUAAACAAACAUCCAUCACCAUCAAGCAAGAUGAAAUUACUAUGAAUCCAGAAGCUAUGGUUUUUGGCUUUUCUAGUUAUGAAACGUACUCGGAUAUUCCUAAAUGUAUAAGUGAGCACUUUCGAAUUGUGACAUACGUAUCGCCUAAUCCCAAACAUAUUAUUGAAGUUGGAUUGUAUAAUUCUGGUAUGGUGCUUUCAAGGUUGCUAGCUGAAAAUAUUGCCAUGUUUUUGUCUACCAUCUCCCAGAUUUUCCCCUGUUUUUCAAUGGGAUUUGGUGUUGCAAGGUUGAAUUCAUUAAUCGCAUUAAUUUACAAGUUUUACAUCAAAUCUCUGGCGAACAAGGAUGGACAAAAAAUUGCCAAAGAGUUGUCAACAGUGAUAGAAGUUGGUGAUGAUAAAAGCAAUGGUUUGCCCAUUUUUAGCGUGGAUUGUGAAAGUGAGAAUAAUCGCAUGAGUCCAGAAGGAAUAAAAAGUGAUGGAAAGAAACAAGCAGAACAAGACACUGCUUCUGAAGAUAAAGAAGGGAUUGAAAGAAAUAUACAAUUAAAAUCCAUUAUACUUGGUCUCCAUCAAAGUUUUGCUCCAACAUUAAAUGAAAAUGAUGUUGGCAUAAUUGAAAAUCUUUUAGCCGAUGCAUUUCCUCAGACUGACGUACAAGAGAUGCUAGAAAAUAAUAUAAAAUGCAAACAAUCUUGCAUAGUACAAGUAGAUGUUGACAGUGAGAAUUUUGAUGAAAAAGAGGGAAAAGCAAUUGGCACAAUCAACAAGGCUAUUGAAUUGCUAGCUCGAAUUGAAAAUUGGAGUGAGUUACGUGCUAGCAUUGUGGAGGACAUGGUGGAAAUGAUAUCUUCUGACAAAGUGGUUACGAUUUCCAGUAUGAUUGACUACUGGGCUUGGGAAUGCAUAUCGUCCUGUUUGGAAGCUUUUAAGAAGUUAAACAAUCAGACUAAAGUUCAUAUUAUUUGUCCUCCCGCUAUGAAACAUGGGCAAUUAUUUGGUCAGUUUGAUGCCUCAGGUAAAUGGAGUGAUGGUGUUCUCACAACUUCAAUUUUAUCUGCAAAGAAAGAACUUUCACAUCCACACUUUUUUGUCAUAGAUGGAAAGCUUUCCAAUGAAGAAAGUGUUAUAUUUGAAGGAUUGAUAUCUCAAGAAGGUUGCUUUUCUUUGCAAAAUGGAAGCUGUAUAAAGAUUCCUGAAAAAAUGAAAUUUAUUUGGAAGGUUGGAUCUCUUUCUAAGAGUAAAUUUUUUUUCAAAACAUCGGUAGUAAUGUUAGACAGACAACAAUGUUUAUGGCAACAGCUUCUAAAAUCGUGGUUCCAAAAGAAAAAUGCAGAUGUACGAAAUCAUUUGUAUGAAUGGUUCACACAGUAUGCAACCAAAAGUUUGGAAUAUUUAAACUCAAACACUGCAACAAGAUCUGACAGUGAAAAUGUUGAGUAUCAGAUAGUUGAAACGAUGUUGAAAAUAUUUGACAGUAUCACAGGUCAUGUUCAAAUUACUUCUGAUUAUGAUAAUUAUGCCAAUUAUGCAGCUUUUUGGGCUUUUAAUAAUGCAAUGCGACCUGCUAACAGAGAAGAGUUUUCAAAAUGGUGGCGAGAGAGUUGGGAAGCUGAUAUAUGUUUUCCUGAUUCAAGCGAGGUCAGCAAUUUUGUUGUACACCCAAAUACUCAUUUAUUUGUCAACCUAAAUGGUGGUCAAUAUUCUUGUGUAAAUCCGACUUCAAAUUUGUAUUUUACGAAUAAGAGCAAGUCAAUCUUAUACCUUGCCAAUGCAAUGAUUCGUUCUUCAAUAUCCUUCACACUUAAUGGAAUAGAAGGUUGUGGAAAGUCUACUUUGCUACGUGAAGGAUUAUUGAACCAAGACACUAAUGACUUUGAUGUGGUUACUAUCACUGCAAAUGAAUUUCUUACAAGCUCUGCUUUGUGGGAGAGGUUAAACGAGGAGUUCAAAUGGAAGCAUUCUUGUUAUUACCAGCCUAUUGAAAAGAAAAAACUUAUUUGCUUGAUUGAAGAUAUUCAACAAUGUCAGGAAGACAUUGCCAGUAAUAUUCCAGCAUGUGAGUUAAUUUAUCAGUUAAUCAGACACAGUGGUGCGUACAACCCUUCUAAGAAACAAUGGCAACAGCUAGAUGGUAUUAGCUUCAUAAUAACAUACAACCAUCAAAGAGGAGGUUACUAUCCCUCUGUUACAAGAUUGAUAACUAACAUUCCCAGUAUAUGGAUGCCAUAUCCCAGUUCUGAAGAGAGAGAAAAGAUGUUCGUCUCUUUGUUGUCCUUGCAUUUCAUUGGUACUGACGAUCAACAGUUACUCAUCUCCAGAGACGAAUCAUUAAAGAGUGAUAUGAGGAAGCAAAAGGAACGUGCAACGAUUUUACAGGAGUUGUUGACAAACAUAGUUCGAUGUACUGUUGAGUUGCAAGACAAAAUGAAAGAAAUGUUCUUACCUGUUCCAGAACGCUUCCAUUAUGUUUUUAACAUAAAGGCGCUGACAAAAAUUUUCAAGUCUGUGUGUGUUUGUGUUCCAGCUGACUCUAGCAGUGACAUCAUUCUAAAGGGGUGGUAUCAUGAGUUAUAUUGGACAUACUUUCAAUCUUCUAAUGCUGAUGUGGACCGUGAAAGGUGGUCAAAGAAUUUUAGGAUUGUUUUGCAAAAAAAAAUGAAUCAGCAACAGAUGGAUGUCAUCGGAAGUGUUAUUCCAAUAUUCACCAACCUGAGUAUUGCUGAAAAUGCUGACAGACAAUCUACUAACAUAUCACGAGGGCAGUGGCAUUGUCAUUAUCAUAUACCAAAGCUUCAACAAUUUCUAAACACCAACAUCAUGGAAUUCAACAAAGAUAAUGAAAAGAUCAAACUCCAUUAUUAUGAGGAAACUACCAGAUUGAUAUUUCGAUUACUUCAACUCAUCCAGUCACCAUUUUCUGUCGGUCACGCCCUGAUUGUCAGCGAAGGAUUUUCUGGUCUCGUACCUGUUGUUAUGAAACAAGUAUGUCAGUUGGGAGUGAAUGAACUUGUCACUAUUAAUGCAUCAGAUAUUGUGUAUGAUGAGAAGUAUUCACUGGAUCGAUUUAAAGACGACAUGGCUCGAGUGUUCAUUAACUGUGGUGUUAAAAACAGCAAGAUAACUCUUCUUAUCACUGAACUGGACAUGUUCGAAGAUGCUGUGAUCGCUAUAGUGGAAGAAUUUCUUCAGUUGGGAACAUUGUUCCAUAUCUUCAAAGAUGACGAGAAGAGGAUUAUAGUUAAUGCUGUUCGAACGUCAGGAGAGGAAAAGAAAGCCAAGUUAAAUACAACUGAAGUAUGGGAUGUGUUUAUGCAAAAUGUGCGAAGAAACCUGCAUGUUGUGCUUUCCCUGUCAUCAAUGGGUGAAAAAUUUCAAAAAAUGGCAUAUCAACACCCCACCUUGGUGUCAUGUAUGUCGGUAAUCUGUGUGAAGCAUUGGUCCAAGCAAGAACUUGUUUGCUGUGCACGUUUUCUUAUGAAAGAUUUCUCAGCCUUAAGUGAAGCUGAGCAAGACAACUUAUCGCAUUUAUUUGCAUCAUUGCACACAGCUUUACAACAUGCCGAUUCUGAUGUCAGAUUGUCUGGAACGUAUGGAAAUAUCACCAACAAGAACUUUGAACUUAUGAUAGAAAGGUUUUGUUUACACUAUGGCAAAAGAAAGAAAGAGUUAGAAGAAAAGAAAGCUGAUCUAAAGCAAGUAUUGAACACUUCCCAAUCAUCCAUGAAUAGCAUUGCUCAACUAAAAAAGAAGCUUGAACACGAAAAACAUGUUUUUGAACAAAAGCAGAAGGGGAACAAUACCUUGCUUACCCAGAUUGGUCAGGAUCGAGCAAUAACUGAAGAGCAGGUUCGUUUGGUGGAGAAGACAAAACAAAAAAUUAGAAAAUUGGAAAAUCUUGUGCCAACAUAUGAAGAAUCCCACAAACGUGCAGUGUUUAAAGCUGCUGCAGUUGUGAAGGAGACCAAGAAUGUUCUCGCUCAACUCGAUGACAAGGGGUUGUCGGAUCUGCGGUCGUUGCAAACACCCGAUAGCGAGUUAGAAGACUUGCUUGCUGCCGUCAUUAUCAUCGUAAAAUCACCAACAAGCGACUUAACAUGGAAUCGUGGUGCAAAGAGGAUCAUGGCGAACUUGGAACGCUUUAAAGAAGAAAUCUCUGUGUUUGAUGAAAGCGAGCUUCCUGAAUCGACGUUAGAAGUACUACGAACAUAUAUCAACAGACCUCACUUUGCUUCUGGUUAUUUGGAAAAUAAAACACACAAUUCAGUCGUUGGUUCGCUUGUGUCUUACGUACAUGGUGUCGUGAGGUAUAAUUACAUCAUGCAGUCGCGCGUCAAACCUCUUCAUGCGAAAGUCAUCGAAACUGCAGAACGAUUAGCGGAAGUAAAGAUGAAAAUAUCAACUAUGGAAGAAAAACGAAAAGAUUUAAACAAACGUUUGAAAACACUGGCUGCGAAGUACGAAGAAGCUUCAGUUGAGAAAUGCAAACAACGUGACAAUGUGGAGAACUUGACGGAAUUGUUAGAGAAAGCAGUACAAUUUCAGCUGGUUGUUAAGGAUUUGAUAGCCAACUGGGAAUCUCUUCUCGCCUGCAUUGAAAACGAAGAAGUCUUGUUACCAAGCAACGUCGUUCUGGCUGCUGCGUUCAGUGUUUACAUGCCUCCGUACAAACUCAGCUUUCGUAAACAUAUGCUGAUGAAUGUAUGGCCUAAAUGUUUGGCUGAGCAAGGCAUGAAUGCUUUUAGGGGCUCUAAAAGCGACAUAUCUUUUUUACUGGUUGUGUCUUCGUUUGGAAGUAAUACAGAAAAGGAAGAAAGUAGCGACUCUUCUGCGCAUGACUCGUAUCAAAAUCACUUGUUCGUAUUGGUCAGAUAUUUGAUUGGAGAAGAACUCUCUCGUCAUUGGUUAACAAUGAACUUGAACGUGGAUGACAUUGAGAAUUUGGCUAUGAUAAAGUCUCCAAUUCAACAGGCGUUGCUUGUCACCGACCCCUUAAAUCGUUUUAGUGGAUUGAUUUCACAUAUUAAACAUGAGACACAAGAUGUUGUGGAAUUGGAUAUGCAGCAAAGAGACAACACGUUUAUUCAAAGCAUUGAGAAAGCUGUACACUCAGGCUCGUUGCUGGUGAUCAGAAAUCUAGAUGACAGAAUAGAUCAUUUGUUUCACUCUUUGAUAUACUCACUUUGUGAGAUUCAGAACGGUAAGGUUCUCUACUGUAAAAACAGUGUCAAGUUCAACGGACAUCGACUUGAACAGCAUCCAAACUUUAAAUUAAUUUUAAUCUCACGUUUAUCAUCUCCAAAUAUUCCUGUUGAGUUUGCGUCAUUAUGUACUUGUGUUAACUUUGCACCAAAUCAAGAUAGUGUGCAGAACGAAUUGAAAUGGAGAACUUACUCCUUCUUGCGUCCAGAGUUGAUUUCGUGUAAACAAGAGCUUUAUUAUAACGCUUGUGUAUGUAUGAAACGUAUACAUCACAUUGAUGAAGCAAUGUUAAAAGUGAUCAAAGGAGAAACAGAUUUGCAACAACUGUGGACCAGCAAUUCAAGUUUAGAUGAGCUAUCAAAACAAAGAAAAACGUAUUCCGCUAAAUUACAAGAGGUUGACAACCAGUUCAUUCAGUUGAUACAGUAUUUUAAAAUCAACGAUCACACAACAAAACAAUGCACCGUACUUUUUAAAAUCAUGCAUAAUAUGAAGGCAGUACAACCCCACUAUCGUUUCUCUUGCGAACACUUUUUCAAGAUGUUUAAUCACUUCUUUCGAAAGUAUUAUGAAAGAAUUUCACGUGAAGAGAGAAUCUAUCAGCCCAAUGAUUCUGUUAUGAUUAGAAUAGAAGAAAUGAAAGAUGUACAACCACCUUUACAUGACAUCACUGAAGAAGAAGUUACCACUGCAAUGAAGACCUUUUAUCGUAUGUUUCUCAGAUUAAUGAAAAGGUCAUUGUCACCAAUUGAUUAUGAAGUAUUUUCACUGGUGUACAUGCUGUGUAAUGAAUUAUAUGACAGCGCUGAAAUGGAUUCUGAAUUUAUUCGAAUUUUGUUUGAAGAUGUGAAAAUUAAUCGAACGAAACAUAACGAAGACAUUAUCAAACCUGAUUGGUUACCUCAGGAUCGUUUCAACCAUUUCUUGAACAUGGUGCAAGAGUACCCAGCACUUGAGAAGGUGAAAAGCGUUCUGGAGACGCAACCAAGCCUUCUGAAGUACUGGUACGACAAACCGUUACCUGAGAAAUCAUUACCACCGCAACCAACUGGUGCAGCAUCUUCAGAUCCGCAACAUCUACGCUUUUUGAUUGUGAAGGCCUUACGUCCUGAUCGUUUGUAUUAUGCCUUGAAGUCGUUUGUCUCAGAAUGUUGUAGUGAAGUCUUGUCGAUGCAAAAUGAUGACGUCAGUGAGAUAUUGAAGUCUUUGGAGGGUUGUAGACCUGUGUUGGUAUUGCAAGACACAAAUCAUGCUUGUGCAGUAGAUGUUAUAAAAAAGUUUUCAAAAGGUCAAAGCGUCCAGGUUCAUUGUGUUCGAGUGAGUUCAGAGUUCGAUGAAGUAAUAGAUGAUGUUUUAACCUCCAUUGUUCAAAACGAUGAACACCUCAUCAUCGAAAAUAUGCAUUUAGCUACUAGAGAAGUAGUACAGAAAAUCUGCAAACGUUUGAUGCGGCUUCAAAUGCAACAGCAAUCUUCUUCUUGGCGUGUUUUCUUUGUGACUGAUAAUUGCGAGAAUUUGGACGAGCCGAAUCUGCGUUUUUGUCAUGUCCUGUCAUUAUCCGCCAUUUUGAAUAAAAGCACGGACGAUGAUCUCACGUGGAGUUUGAUCUUGCAGAAUAACGUUUUUCACUCUUUACAGGUGAUAAGAAAUGGUGUUUCGUCAAUACUUCAAAAUAAAUCUCUCCAAAUGAGAACUUUGAUCUUCUGCAUAUGUGUUUUUCAUGCCUACAUCAAAUCGUAUUACGACACCUGUGCUAUCAUCACCUGCGAUCAAGUGCUACGAGAUGCAAUCCAGUUCAUUCUUACUGAAACAGAAACGAAGAAAAUUGACAAUGUUUUGGUGCAUGACAUUCUACGAAUGAUAUGUGAGAAUAUUUAUGUGGCAACAACAAUUUCUUCCAACAGUUUAAAACUCGUCGCUAUGGAUAUUGUAUACAAACCAACAAUCUCUCACAAAUCUGUCAUAUGUGUCGGUGACGUGUCCAUUCCUGUUCCUCCUGCUAAUGUUGCGACAGAGAACUAUGCACAGUGGAUAAAAGAUAAGUUUGAUAGUAUGAAAAAAAGUCGUGAAUAUUCUGGUACAAAGUCUGCUUAUUUAAGAGGUGUAAACACAAAAAGAUCGGCAAACUUUCUGAGAAAAGCACAAAAUGUGAUGCGUGCUAUUAGUAACGAAAACAAACAAAAUAUUGAACCAUAUGAACUUAACGUGACAUUGUUACAUGAAAACAUCAGAAUAUGUAUGGAACACAUGCCGAAAUUGAUUGAGUUGAAGAAACCUGACCCUGAAGAUGGCCAGAUUAAACUUAUUUCGGUGAUUUUUGCCAAGGAGUGUCAAAUCUUUAAUGAAAACCUCUUGAUGAUUCGCAAAUGUUUGUUUUCACUGGAAAAUAACAUCUGCGGAGGUGUGGUUGCUAUUCCCGAUGUAUAUCGCAAAGAAGCUAAAGCAUUAUCGAAUAAACAUGUUCCUCCGCAGUGGAUACGCAGUGAUAUUGAAAAAAAUGAUUACCCAAUAAGUGAUUGGCUACAAGAGCUGGCUCUCACUUCAUCUCAUCUCUCGGAAGUUUGCAGCAAUAUCAAAGCUUAUUUCACGACCAAGCAAAACAUAUACAAAAUAAAACCGAUAAAUUUUAGCUGUCUCUCAGAUGCAAAUUUAAUAUUUACAUUAAUGAAGCACAUAAAAGCGACCGAAUUAUCGUCUGCGAAUGAGAUAUUUUUGGAUUGUUGUCUUGCUCAUCCAAAUGGUGCGCAGCCUAUCAGUUUAGAAUAUGUUGAACCUUCCACUGUUGUUAUGGCGACAGACAGCCUUUACCUGCAAGGUGCUUCGAUCGUCACUCAGGACUCUGCAUAUAUUUUGGAUGAAUACAGAAACACCGUUGAAGAUAUACAGAAAAUGCCGCUCGUGUACAUCUGGCCUGUCAAUAAACGAAGUGAUAAACUAGUUUACGAUUGCCCCGUUUAUACUGACAAGUCGCGUAAAAAGUUCAUUAUUCGUCUUCCAAUUGCUGUGAAGAAAAUACCCAGUGAAUGGUUGUAUUCUAAUCCAUGUCUGUUGUUAAAACCAUGAGUUUUUUAAAUCUGUUUUAAAAUUGUUCAGACAUGUUUGUUAGACAAGGAACGAUAUACGCCUUUCCUAGUGUGGUUGAUGUUCAAAACGCCCAAAAGGGCGUAACCAUAGUUCUUUUACUUUUUGUUGUUUGCUUACUAGAGAACGUGAUCCGCCCAGUAGAAAUUAUUAAGAAUUGUAAACGCGGAAUUAUAAGGAAAGGUAUAUUUCUCUUUCUGUUGUGUAACCAUAAUUCGAUAUAUUGUUAAUAGAGUUCAAGAAUGUAUUUUUAUAUUAUAUAUAUAUUUUCAGUUGAAAGAUCUAAUGUAUUCUUAUUAAAUAUUUCUGCUUA